AUGCAGAGAGUUUUAGCCCGGCGACUUAAAGGCUUAGUUCCGGAAAGCCAAACUGGGUUAGAGCGUCUCAUUGAUAAGAAACGUGCAUCAUAUGAUCUUCAAGUUGAAUUAGAUCGCAAGAAACAAGAACAUGCUAUGAAGAUGAGGCAAUUUAAAGCCAGAGCAGAAGAACUUGAGCAAAUGAAUCUUGACAAUCAAAAAGAAGUUGUAUCAAAAGAUAAAUUUAUUAGAGAUAACUGCAAUAAACGUCAAAGAUACGAAGAAAGCUUAAUGUCUGAAGAAGUUGCUCUUGCAGGAAAACAAGUCGAAUUAAAUGAUCUAAUUGCUGAAAUGGAAAAACUUAAACAGCAUGAAGUCGAAAUCAAAACUAAAUUGCAAGCAGCUCUUCCUUAUAAGAAAUACCUCGACUCUGUAUUCGAGCGCUCACCAGAAAUAGUUAGUGGCUCGGCUCAGAGUGAAGUUCAAGGCAUUGUAAAUAAGUAUAAUACACUCAAAGAAUGGAGAGGAACACUCCAAGUCAGAUUAGUUAGAUCCAAGAGAGAAUUGAUGAGACUCCGCGAUUCAAUGUCUGUUUACGAUGAAUCUUCUACAAAUAGCGUUGUAGAAAUUGAUUAUCAAAUUAAGCGAAUUGCUCAAGAGCAAGAAGCUUCAUUUAAAGAAUUCGGUCGUGAAAGACACCUCCAAGAAACGAUGUCAAACCAGCAGCGCGAUAAAGCCAGAGAAGCCGCUUUAAUUAGAUUAACAAUCGAAAACAUUUACCAAAAGACAUGCAAGUUCUCCGAACUCCUCUUUGGCAGAAAGAUUGAACAAGUCAGUAAUUUGACUGAUAAAUUCAGCAAAACAAGAGAUUUUAUAUCAGAUCUUUUGUACGUUGAUGAAAACAUUAAGUCCAGGCAAAAUGGCGACAAGGAAAAGACCCAGACACGUAGAGGUCUGCUUCACGGAACAUUUUACUAA